AUGUCUAAGCAGUCAGAGUCAAGUGGCCGGGCAAGAAAAACGCGCUCCUUUAAGCAGGAGAGCAAAGAGCCGGCUGACACUGAGUUGAAAAGACCAUCUCCCCCUAUAAGCAGCCCGACUUAUGAGGUUGAAGAUGGACAGGUCAACCUGCCAUAUUUGCCAAAGCAAAAACCACUUUGUCGACCUUAUGUGUUGGAAUUGAUCAAGAAAGAAAUCGAAAAACGUUGGAAUAAAGACUACAUGGAGCCGUUCCAAGAGCCCGUGAAUGAGAUAACUCUCGAUUUACCGGAUUAUUAUUUUAAAAUCAAGCACCCAAUGGACAUGGGCACUGUGUUGAAACGCCUGCAACACAAGUAUUAUGCAGAUCCCAGCGAGUGCUACAACGACAUGAAGCUGGUGGUCGAAAACUGCAUGAUUUUCAACGACCCGGAUUCUUAUGUAGUUGGCCAGGCAAAGAUACUCUCUUCAGAGAUUGAAGAAAUAGAGCGAACGUUGCCACACCACCGUAAAUACACAGCAUGGGUUGAUUCGGAAGGAAACAUACUAAAUGAAGGCUCUUCAAGGAGCAGGAAACGCUCCGAAUCCGCGCCACCGCACGGCUCAGACAAAACUUCUCAAUUGGAACCGGAGGAGGAAAUGUCUGCCAGUCAAUCGGAUUUGUAUUCGUGGGUCACGUUUGCUAAAGAAAGAUGGGCUUCUUAUGAACGGCAAGAUGACACCGAUGACACGGAAGAUGACGAUGAUCUGCACAGAAAGAAGACACAAAUUUUUCCCAUUCAUGUGGUUGCCUGA